CUUUUCAUUUAACUAGACAGUGAUUAACCAAAUUGUUCUUGUGAGUUUAAGUCAUCUGCCUCGUUCAGAUGGGGUUGUGUGCUUUGCUUCAUCCUGUGGCAUGAAAACCAUGCAGUAGCUCUCAUCUCAGCUGCACAGUGCACACAUGGAUUUCAGUAUAUUUCUCAAAGUUGAAGCCUCGCUACGGUGGUGUUGGUUCAGCAGUUCCUGCUCAAGUGAAAGACGCGAGCACAGCCUGGCUGCUCAGCAGCUUGGCAGGACUGCAUUGUGGUGCCAGGCAGCGGCAGCGUGCUGUGACAUCAUGGAAACUUGCGGCACUCCGUGCUCCUGGGGCCGCCCAGCACUGGCACUCAGCACUGCUGCACCGCCUGGCAGGGCCAGCAGCGGGCACACAGGACUGCUCUCUGCAGGGCUUGUUGUUCAUGCACACAAGCCCCACUUCAUGGCUUUACACUGUCAAGAAUUUGGAGGAAAAAACUAUGAAGCUUCCAUGUCUCACGUGGACAAGUUUGUUAAAGAAUUAUUAUCAAGCGAUGCAAUGAAAGACUACAACAGAGCUCGAGUUUACCUGGAUGAGAACUAUAAAUCACAGGAACAUUUUACGGCUCUAGGAAGUUUUUACUUUCUUCAUGAAUCUUUGAAAAACAUCUACCAGUUCGAUUUUAAAGCUAAGAAGUAUAAAAAGGUUACUGGGAAAGAAAUCUACUCCGACACUUUAGAAAGCACACCCAUGCUGGAAAAGGAGAAGUUUCCGCAGGAUUAUUUCCCUGAGUGCAAGUGGUCCAGAAAGGGUUUCAUUCGAACAAGGUGGUGUAUUACUGAUUGUGCCUUUGACUUGGUAAACAUUCAUCUUUUCCAUGAUGCUUCCAAUUUAAUUGCUUGGGAAACAAGCCCAUCGGUUUACUCAGGAAUACGGCAUAAGGCUCUUGGCUAUGUGCUUGAUAGAAUUAUAGAUCAGCGGUUUGAGAAAGUUUCAUAUUUCGUCUUUGGAGACUUCAAUUUUAGACUGGAUGCCAAAGCAGUAGUAGAGACGCUAUGUGCGAAGGCUACAAUGCAGACUGUCCGGGCAGCUGACACGAAUGAAGUAGUCAAGCUAAUAUUUCGUGAAUCCGAUAAUGACCGAAAGGUUAUGCUACAAUUAGAGAAGAAGCUCUUUGACUAUUUUAAUCAAGAUGUUUUUAGAGAUAACAAUGGCACUGCGCUUUUAGAAUUUGACAGAGAGCUGUCAGUCUUUAAGGACAGAUUGUAUGAACUGGACAUCUCAUUUCCUCCCAGUUAUCCAUACAGCGAGGACUCCAGCCAGGGAAAGCAGUACAUGAAUACACGAUGUCCAGCCUGGUGCGACAGAAUCCUGAUGUCCCACUCAGCCAAGGAGCUCAUUCUGAAAUCAGAAAAUGAUGAGAAGAUAGUAAUAUAUGACCACAUCGGGCCAAACGUCUGCAUGGGGGAUCACAAGGAAAAAGAUGCCUACGGAACGAGAAGAUUUUCCAUGAAACUCCUCUGUAGCGAGGAGAGGAGGAAUGGCAGCAUCCAGAACUACAUAAUCGUGCCAGCCGUAGCGCUACGUCCCGAGUGCCACAUCCCUAGACUGCUGAUCGUACACUAUGCUUCAGCAUCUGGACUCUGUUCGAGAAAAGCCUCACAUACCUCACUGUCUUGUAUGUUCAUGUGACAUCAAGUAGAAACGUGGAAUUAUUUUUUAUAUAUAUACGUCACGAUUCUGUUGCCAAAACUCUAAAUAGACAGCAGAGAUGUUAUGUAUUUUAGAUUUCACAACCUUCAACUUUUAAUAAGUGUUUGUCGAUGAUGUGGAGAAGCUAUUUCAGCAUAUUACAAACUUUUAAAGGUGUCAUGCCUGACAUUAAAUAUCUUUACCACUUUGGGGUUUUGUACAUUGGAUUGUAUAGAUGGAGAUAUCGAUGGUUUUAAAUGGUAUUUUCUUUGUCGACCAAGGCUCAUGGUUUGUGUUUCAGAUUUAGUGUUUUGUUUUUCAUUUUUAUAAUUUUUUUCUCAAGUUAUUUACUAUACUGCCAUGUUACAUGGUUUUUGAAUCACACAGCAGCUGCUUUCUAUACAUACAUAUGUGUGUGUAUAUAUAUGUAUGUAUGUGUAUAUAUACACAGAUAUAUAAAUAAUUUAUAAACCUGACCAAAACUUAUGCUAAAUAUACUUUCCGAUAUGAAUGCUUGAGAGUGCCAUAUCAGCAGUAGUGUUGGAGUCGUAGCAGGUUUAGUUAGUGUACAACAACCAACAUUUAUAUAAUAAAUAAUAUAUAGCAGUGCCAUCCUCGAUACAGAUAUAUAGCAUACUAUAUAGCACAUAUAUUAGCAGUUUCACUUUGUUGCUCCUAUAAUCCCUUCUUUCUAUGUACUAUUAAGGAUUGAAUGUGAAGUUCUUAGCUAGGUUUGGGUGUAACUUUCCAGGAUUUUGUAAACUGUUUUUGUCUGUCCUUUGUUACUGUUUUAUGGUGCCAAGUAUUCUGUAUUAAAACAACAACAAUACGGGAGAAGAAAAUGGUCUGCUUCAGGUAGCAACUCCAUUGGACGCUGACUGUAUACAUACAGUGUUAAAGGAAAAAAAAAAAAAAGACUGUAACUUGCCCUGGUGAGCAGCUCACUGCAGCCGACGGUAUCAUCCCGUAGAUAACAUUUUUCUCCCACCACUAAAUACAACAUUAAAAGGUGAUUAGGGAGUCUGUUGAUGAAACACAAAUGUAUGUUUUAUUGAUUUAAUUUAGAACACUACAGAGUUCAUGGACUGCGUGAUGGCAUUAGAUUUAUGCUAGAUUUUGGUAUAAAUCACUACCACUGAAAUGAUUUGGUGUCUGCUUGCAGAAUGUUUUCUCAACAAUUCAAUCCGUACUGUUCCUACUGAGUACUGCUGCCCAGGGGGUGUCUGCAGCUCUGUAUUGUUACUGUGCCAUGUUGCAUUAUAACCACACCGUAAUUCUAUUUAAGCAAACUCAAGUCAUGGUAACUUUGAAGGCCUUUAGAAAUGAGUACUCUGGUUCUCAAGCAAUAAAACUGAUCGUGGUGAA